AUGAGGUCGUCUGCCGAUUUAGACAUAGAAAAGACGGAAGGAAACCGUGCAAUUAAGAACAUCCCAGGCUUGCCUGGUUUUCAUGGUACAAAUUCUCCCCAGGCUGGAGAAAAGGUCCUGGAUGGUACAACCGACAGUCCCAUCAACAUGACGGAGGAACAGUCUCAUACCGGGGUCCAACACGAUAGCAACGUACCGCAGGCAGAGACUAUGCUUGAAGAUGGCCUUCAGAGACCCUCGUCUGGAGCGUCUGACUCAGAGAGCUUCGCACACAGCGCCCCAAUGUCUCGAGUCACAACGGAUGCAGAUGGAAACACAUAUCCUGAAGGCGGACUAGAGGCCUGGCUGGUUGUCUUUGGUAGUUUCAUGGGUCUCUUUGGCUCCCUCGGCUUAGUGAACACCAUUGGAACUUUCCAGGCCUAUAUUGAGGAUCACCAGCUCAAAGACUACAGCUCUGGAACUACAGGCUGGAUUUUUGGCAUGUACGCGUUUUUGACCUUUUUCUGCGGUGUACAGAUAGGUCCAGUCUUCGACGCCAAAGGUCCACGAUUCUUGGUGUUUUCGGGUGCUGUGUUGGUCAUCGUCAUGAUGGUAGCUUUGGGUUUCUGCACUCAAUAUGGCACU